AUGCUGGGGCUGGUUGUGUUCUCCUUUGUUUGGACUGCGCAGGAGCCUGUUUCCCUUAACAGACCUCCUGGCGGGGCGACGACGACGACGGCGUGUCCGUGUGUGCGGGAGGCGCUUCACAGCUUUGCCCGCCAGGGGGACGUGGCUCACAGUAAGUUGGCGGGUCCGUUUGUGAGCUCCUCUGCGCCCCUCACAGGGGUGCAUGUCAGAUCCGACUCGGCGCCUUCCGUGUUUAAGGAGCUUAGUUUCGUGCGUCCAUGUAGCGUCGUCAUUCAUCUGACGAAGCCCAUUAAAGAUGUGGAGGAGUUGAAAAAGGUAUUACAGUUUCCCUUUUCGCAGUCUCGUUGUGUGGUUUGGGUUGCCGACGUGAAUCUGCUUUCGCAAGUGUUGAACCCCUUGAAGGAGCUCUUCGAGGAUAAUACUCUGCGUGGGAUACGGAUCGUUCCAAGUGGCAAGAAGGGAUUUCUUAUUUUAGUUUCUGAAAAGUCACGUGAGGAGUUAAAGGAGGAGUUGCCACAUCGUGUCGUGCAUAUGCUAAAUACGGUUGAGCUAUGA